UUUAUAAAUAAAUUUGAUUGAUUGAUUGUACGAGGCACCUCUGGAACACCUCUGGGGCAGACACGAUUACAAACGGCAGUCUCUUGAAUGAAUGCAUACGUCCCAAACAGCUUAUUGAACGUGCGGAGUCGGGAGCUCUCUUCAUCCAGUUGGAUUUGCCAGAAUCCUUGGUUUGCAUUAACUACUGAAAAUACCUUGGCGUUAGUCAUUUAAGCAACUACCUCUUCAAUCGUACGUAAAGGAUGAUGUUCUCUCUUGAUGGCUUUGUUUAGAUCCUGUGGGUCCAUGCAUACCCAUAUUUUGUUUGGUAUCACGAUUGUCACCAAGCUGUUUACCCAUUCAGUAGGCUCAGUUUGACUGACGACGACAUCCAUGUUUUCCAAGUAGGUUCAGUUCCUUUUCAAGUUUUUAUCUUUGCUACUUUUCUGGGUGAGUGAACCACUGGUGUUACUUUUGGGUCUAUUUGUAUGUGAUGAACUCCUGCAACACAUCCAAGUCCUGUGAAUAAAUCUUCAUAUUAACUCAAAAUGUCAGUCUCUGUCCUUUGUUCAAGCUUGAAUAUUCUCUUUAUUAAGGUCAUUUGCAGACAAGCUGAUCUUCCAAGUAUUGCAGGUGCAUGUUAUGUCACUUGAAAUUCCAGUUCAAACACCGUUUUUGUAUUGACAUUGGGAGUUUCUUGUCUUUUGGCUCCAUCUGGUGGCCAGAAUACGUCACUACAUUGCAGUUGGACUUUAUUGCAUGGAAUCGCCACUCACUUUCAGGGUUUAAGUCUCUCACGGACAAUAUGCCUCAGAUCAAAGCCACAAAUCUGUUUUGUCUCCACGGAAACGACGUGCUGUCACCCCAAAAGUGGAACAAACAAAAGAGGAACAGUCUGUGGCGCUUGACUCCUCACCUGGCUUUUCACCUCUCCCCAGGUCCCUCUCCACAGGAUGCUUUUCCACUUCUGCCCCCAGUGUGGCACCAAACUACAACCUGGCUUCCGGUUCUGCCCGUCCUGUGGGGACAAGCUGCAGUGUGUUGUGGACCCCUCUGGACCUGUGGAAGUUGCUUCCUCUGGAGUCUCUCAGCUUCAUGUCACUGAUGGUGUAAUUAUGACUGCUAAUGCAAGCAGUCCUAUUCCAAGCACAUCACAGCUGACUGGCUGGGACACAGAAGGCCUCGUCUGUGCCACCCCCAGCCCUGUGUCAACCCGUCCCCCACUCCGUAGGACCCGUAACUCUGUCCCCGUGGCCUGGAGCGAGGAAACUCCUAGUAGUAUAACCAGUCCCCCUGUCACUGCCUCCCCAAAACAUACUGCAGAUCAAAGCCACAAAUCUGUUUUGUCUCCACGGAAACGACGUGCUGUCACCCCAAAAGUGGAACAAAUAACAGAGGAACAGUCUGUGGAGCUUGCCUCUUCACCUCUCCCCAGGUCCCCCUCCACAGUCAAGGGGAAGGCAAAGAAGGCCAAGCGAGCGUGUGCUGUGGAGCCACUGCUGGAAGGGGAGGAGCUUUGUGACACAACUGGCAGGAAAUGGAGGCUGGUGAAACUGUUGAGUCAGAGCGAUGCAGAGAUGUUCUAUGGAGUCCAGCAGAAUGGGCAAGGUGCCAAUUCCAGUGACUACAAGCACAUCCUCAAACUAGGGGCUAAGGAYGGGAAGAUGUUUAAUGAGCAAAAUUUCCUGCAGAGAGCUGCCAAGCCCUCAUCUGUGGACAAGUGGAUAAAGCAUGCCAAGAUGGACUUCCUUGGGAUUCCUUCCUGUGUCGGAUUUGGUCUCCAUGCAGACUCCUACAGGUUUUUGAUUUUCUCCAGCAUGGGCCAAACUCUUCAGUCUUUCAUGGAUGAGGGGGAGGGGCUCCUGUCUGAGAAAGUGGUCCUUCAGCUGGCCUGCAGAGUAUUGGAUGUGUUGGAGUUCAUCCAUGAAAAUGAGUAUGUUCACGCAGACAUUCAUGCUGAAAACAUCUACAUCAGCCCAGCACAACAAACAAAGGUAUACCUUKCAGGGUACUGCCAUGCUUUCCGGUACUGUCCUGGUGGCCGGCAUGUGGAGUACCGCGAUGGCAGCCGAACACCACAUGAAGGAGCCAUAGAUUUUAUAAGCCUGGAGUCUCACAAGGGAGCAGGUCCGUCUCGGCGUAGUGACCUGCAGGCUUUGGGCUACUGCAUGCUGCGCUGGUACACAGGGGCACUGCCCUGGACCUCCCUCACACACACUCCAGCCCGUGUUGCCACUGAGAAGGAGAGGUACAUGGAGGACGUUCCAGGUCUCCUGAGUCACUGCUUCGGACAGAAGAAAGUCUCGAGUGCGCUGCAAGUGUACCUGUCUCAGGUGAUGGCUCUGCAGUACUCUGACCAGCCAGACUACAGGGCUCUGAGGACAGGCCUUAGUGCAGCUCUGCAGAAGCUGGGAGGGUCACUGGAGCAACCCCUUGACCUACAGGUCAGAACACACACACACACAACCUCCACACUAUCCCCAAGCUCCAGUUGAGAAAAUAGUCAGAUGACCACAGAAACCUGGAACCCCCCCAGCAGGUUUGACCAGAAACCUGUCCUUUCCAACUGGUUAGACCACUCAUCCUUACACCGCUACCUGUUCAGGUUAUCUACUGAACUAAUUUACACCUCUACACCAGUCUGAAUGUUUAUUUAUCUGUAUCUCUCUUCAGAUGAAAGCGAUCUGAGGAAGAUGAUACUUUGGGAUGAAAAUUCACUAAUGGGAUUUUAAGUCAACUGAUUUUAAAAUGCUGACUUCAUGACUAUGUGGUGUGGGUCCUGCUGUGGUUUUAUUAUGUUGGACUGCACUCAAGGAGGAGCGUGUAAAGGUGCAUUUCAUUAAGUUCACUGGAGGUGCAGUGCACACAAACUCAUGGUUAUGCCAGGUUAGUGAGCACUGCUGUACUGUGUUAUUGUCAGCAGUGGUUGGCGCUGUGGCAGUGAGUGGGUAGUUAAUGUUUAACCUAUGAAAUAAUACAGUUUAUAACAAAGAACCUUUGUUCAGGGUGGUAAUGAUUGUAAGUACAAAAAUGUACACUGUUCCAGUUAUAGAUGUACAUGAUAUGCAUUUUACUUUUUGUAUUUUCAUCACUGGAUAAUACUUUGUUAUUAAAGAGCUUUUAUUAAUUCAACUGUU